AUGCAUCAACCAGAGAGAUUUCAAAUUGAUAUAGCUGAACCAUUACGAUCGUACGUUUGCAACCGUCCGAGUACGACUAUAGCAUCAUAUCGUAAUCCGUAUCCAGCAGUAACAACAUAUCAUUAUGAAAAUGGUACUUUACAAGCAGAAACCGGAGCGAUUCGUCGUGAAUUAAGUGAACUUAGAAAUGAUGUUAGAGAAAUACGGCGACAACAAGGAUAUCCAACUCAUUAUGUUGCCACAGAAGCUUAUCCAAAUAGAGCAUGUCCAUUAUGUCCAUCGUCUUCUUCCGACAAUCGACAAUAUCAAUAUUUACAAAUUCCAGAAUAUCCUUAUUAUCAAAAUUCAAAUUCGGCUCAUCAACGACCUCAAACAACUCAACAACGAACAACAUUAAAUAAAUUGAAAAAAAAAUCGUCAUCAUCGGGAGCAGUUCACCAUCCUAGAGCAUGGGUACCGGGUGGCCACAAGAACUCAUAUCCAAAUCGACGAUGGAAUCUUAGCGUACGUCAUCCUGAACCAUAA